UUAUUUUGAAGGUAGCGCGUUCGUCCUCGGCGUGCUUGUCUGCUUGCUACAAGCGCUCUGUGAUCUGCGGUGUUGGCUUGUAAGCACUAAUCAGUAUUGAGAAACGGGUCAUCAUAAGCUCGCCGCAGUAGCAAAGGUAGCUCGAGCGAGGUACAGAACAGGCUCUGUCUGUCAUUGUCAUUCUCCGUUUGCCAGCGAGAGCCAUCGCAAUGUCCGACGACUCUGAAAAGCCUCCGGAGCCGACAGGCAAGGGCCGAUCGGGAGCUCUCAUCGUCAGUUCUCGACAGAAGGGAAACCCGCUGCUCAAAAGCGUCCGCAGCGUACCGUGGGAGUUUGGAGACAUCGAACCCGACUACGUUCUGGGCCAGACGACGUGCGCGUUGUACCUCAGCUUACGCUACCACCAGCUGUUCCCCGGUUACAUCCACAGCCGGCUGCGCUCCUUGGGUCGUGCCUUCGAGCUGCGCCUGCUCCUGGUACAAGUGGACGUGGCCGAUCCACAUCCCAGUCUUCGUGAACUUUCUCAGGUGUCCCUGCUGGCCGACUGCACCAUGUUGCUGGCAUGGAGUGCUGAAGAAGCCGGACGCCAUCUUGAGACGUACAAGGCUCUGGAGGCCAAGCCUGCCGACGCCCUUAUGGAGAGGCAAGAAGGAGACACAUUAUCAAAACUGACGGAUGCGAUCUCCUCGGUGCGGUCUUUAAAUCGACCGGAUGCAGUGGCCCUGCUCAGUUCUUUUGGGAGCCUUGAGCGCCUGGCCGCGGCCUCUGAGCAGGAGCUGAUCUUGCAGCCAGGUUUGGGACCCCACAAGGCUCGCCGACUUCACGAAGUCCUGCACCAGCCCUUCAUGCACUCCUAGGCCAGUUCCUCAUAAGCCUGCAGUGAAAGGCCAGCUCAGCGCCGCAAACAUUCGAGACCACCAAGAACAAACUCUAGAACUCACCUUGUGACACUGGGCGGCCAGGCUGGCAAAGGCGGGCCGCGCUGCCGGUGCAGGCGGUGCUUUGCCGAGGCCGGACUCCCACAGGAUCUGCGCCAACUCGGCAGCGUGGCCCUGUGAUGUGGCAGAGAGGACUCGUUGUCGUGGCUUUCACGGUCGCCAGCGAGUGUGGCCGCUAAGGCCUUUGAUAGCAGCAGCAAAGACCAUGCUUUCACAUCUUUGGCAGUACCACUUGCCCCUUUCUACUAGAAGUAAAUGUGGCCUUAUGCUAUGCAGGGCUGUGACAUGACCGACCUGUGUUUUUCGUCUUGUUUUUUUUUUGUUCACAUAAAAAUUUCUUGCAAACUUGCUCUGCUGUGUCCCACAACAUGACUGAAGGGUUGAAGGGACACUAAAGUCAAAUAAUUUACGUCAGAGGGAAAGCUCAAUGUGUGAGAACAUCUAAAACCAUAAUAUAUCAACAGCAGUGCUCUACUUGCUAAGAAAUUAAGGUAAAUGCACGAAAACGCAUGUGCUACGUGUAGGACAUUCGCAAGAUGAUCCCGAUGACGUGAGAGGUACCGCCUACAAUUGAUCAUUAAUUAUUGAAACAGCUGCACUAAAUAAAGUACCUUCCAUGCAUCAAGAGACGCAAUAAAA